AUGACGUCCACCUACUCUGGCCCAGUAACGCCGGACACCAGAGUUCGAAUCCUCUCAACGGAAAUCAUCCACGCCAAAAACACCCAAACACCUCUCGAACGGAUUCCCCUCACCGCCUGCGACCUCCGCCUCAUCCUCGUCAGAACAAUCCAGAAUGGGCUCCUCUUCAGAAACCCGACCGAUCAUCAUCCCAUCUCCCGUCAAGCCUUCAUCGAAAACCUGAAAUCCGCCUUCUCCAAGGCCCUCGCCCUCCACCACCCGUUCGCCGGCCGACUCACCGCCGACGAACACCCCGACGGCUCCGCCACCGUCUACAUCGACUGCAACGACGCCGGAUGCCCGUUCCUUCACGCCGUCGCCGACGGCAUCACCGUCGACGAAGCUCUGAACCAGCCUUUCCCCGUCCCUCCAGCUCCCGUCCUCUGGUCGUUCUUCCCCUCCAACGACGUGAAGAACUACCACGGAUUCAUAAGGCCGCUGGUGUCGAUCCAGAUAACAGAGCUCGUCGACGGAGUGUUCAUCGGCUGGACGAUUAACCACGCCGUCGCUGACGGGACCACACACUGGAACUUCCACCGGAUUUAG